AUGCCCUGGCGGCCGCUGCCUCGCAUUGCCUUUGCGGUGGCCAUAUACCCCUUCCAUCCAUCCUCCCCGGACGACCUCCCCCUGGAACUCGGAGAUGAAUUGUAUAUCAUUGAGCAAGGCGGUGCAGACGGCGAGUGGUGUCGCGGCUACCUCGUGGCUCCGCCCUCGCUGCUGGCGGGUUUGACAAGCACCAAGGGCCAGACGUUGGAAGCCCGCGUGUUUUCCGGCAUUUUCCCGCGCAACUGUGUGGAGAUCCGCGAAGUGCUGGGCGACGGAGCGGAGGGCUACAAGGGCGUCAACGGUGAGCGGAAGAGUAUCGAUGGAUUGACCUUGCCAGGCGGGGACGCCGACAUCGUGUCCCGGAGCAGUAUGGCGUACUCGCUGAAUGAGUCGCACGCUGGCGUCGAGGUGUCGGACGUGGUGGUCGCGAAAAAGGGCAAACCGGCGCAAAUCGUUAUCCAUAAAACGGAGGAGCCAGAUCUGGCAAGCCCACGGUCCAUUCGAACUUUCAAAACCGGCUCGGUCCCGCCUACCCCGUUUACCCCGUUUACUUUUGCUCCUCGCGACCCGAGUGCGCCGAAGCCUGCGGCCCCCGUGCCCAUGCUCAAGAUUGGUGACGAAACCCCGACCUCACUCACGGAACCUCUGGUAGAUGAAAUCGCGUCUUGUUUGCGCGAAUGGCACUCGACUAAUCUGCACGAGCUGCUUCUGGCUCGUCAAUACGAUGUGUUGGAGGAAAUGACAACCAUUGUUCAAGAAUUGGAUUUGGCACGGCGGCAAAUGCUGCAUAACGUUCUGACUGGCCAGGAGAAGGAAGCCCUGCGUAACGAGACCGUUUGGAAACUCGUCAAGGCCAACAAGAUGCUCUCGAAAGACGUGAUUGUUCGGGAUCCGGAAGAGAGAGGCCGUCUUCUGACUGGGGACGAUUCCGCCAUUCAAUUGGCAAAGCUUCAAUCGGAGAUGAGCAUGCUCGAGAGCCAGCCCACUCAGCACUCGGAUGCUACGGCUCUGCACCAUCUGCUGCUUGAAAUCAAUGCGGUCUCUGGCAACGCCCCGGGCCCUGUGACUCUUGCUUUACAGCUCUAUUCUCGGACAGACUCUGGUCCGCUGAGCCCGUUGUCGGAAGCUUAUACAUUGGACAUUCCGUCUCCUGACAAGUUUAUCAGUAUGACCCAGAGCAACAAGUUGAAGACCCUCUUCACGGAACUGGCCUCGACAGAUAUCGGGGAUGGAUCGACUAAUGGACCGCAGCUGUAUCUGGUGGUUUCCGUGCGCGCCCCGGAGUCGCGCCCAGUCGCUGGUGCCACUCCCCAGCCUCGUACCUCGACAUCGAAAGAGGCCCAGGCCAGCCCCAAGGGAACCAGUACUGGCAAUGUCCAGCCUUCGGCCAAGGGAAGCUUAAGGACACGGCGCAGCAUGAUGUGGACUCCCAAAUCUCGUGGCGGGCCUGGUCUAGAUCAGCCACCGCAGUUGCAACAACAACAACAACAGCCCAAACCCAGCUCCCAGGCAGGGCCCCCUCAAUCGAGCAGCUCUUCCACCACAAAGGAACAAAACACGACCCAGUCCUCUCCGUCCAAGGAGAGUGCCACCAUCCGCACUGUUGGUGUUGGCAUUUUGGAAGUAUCACCACUUCUCAAACAAGACAAGGACACGGAGCAAAUGGUCAAUAUCUGGUCACCGCCUCGAGAGGGCGAUGAAGGUGAAGGACUCACCGAAGGGUUCGACAACUUGAUCCGCACCCUGCUCCCCAGUCCCACGGGCCGCUAUAUGCGUUCAGACCCAGCUGCUCGUCUACAUCUCCACCUGCAUCCUUUUGCGAGCAGCGAUUUGGAUACCCUCGUCCGCGAAAAUCCCACCAUCUUGCACGAUGUCGUGCAGACUCCGCGCAUCGGAUUCUCCAAGGCGCCCUCGCGCCCAAGGUCCGAUAUCUACGUGACAAUCUCCCAAGCCGUGUUCCCCACAGACGCCCUCUUGUCUCAUCCCUCAGUUGGUCAAAUUCCUCUGCAGCUUCUCACUGGGCUUCAUAAUCUUCAACUCACGCUGGAGGUGCGCAAUGCAUCCGGGGCGCGUGUCGAACGAUGCAUUUUCCCAUCAUCUUCCACCACUUCGCAUACCGCCUGGCGCACUACGAUCGCCGAACGAGGCUCACCAUGGAACCAGACAAUCCGUCUCAAUGUCCCCACAGAGCAGAUUCCUGGCUCUCACAUGGUCAUGAGUGUCGCUGAUGCUCCGGAAUUCCCCUUUGCUCUUGCUUGGAUGCCUCUUUGGGACCAGCAGGCUUUCAUGCGGGAUGGUCGUCAUUCUCUUUUGCUGCAUGCCUAUGACAAGCAAACCUCGAGCAUCGAGAAUGGCAAGGGUGCCUACCUGAAUCUCCCCUGGAGUGCGCUUGGAAAGAACGAGUCUGCCAAGGACGAGGCGGUUACGGGGCCAUUAGCCACCCUCUGUCUUGAAACUCACCUGUGCAGCACGGAAUACUCCCAAGACCAGGCCAUUCUGGGUCUGUUGAACUGGAAAGAACGGCCAGUGGAAGAGGUACUGGAUACCCUGAAGAGGUUACUCUUCGUGCCCGAAAUCGAAGUCGUCAAGCAACUCAGUGGUGUAUUCGACGCGCUGUUUGGAAUUCUGGUCGAGAAUGCCGGUAAUGAGGAAUAUGAAGACCUGAUUUUCAACGACGUGGUCACUGUCCUGGGCAUUGUUCAUGAUCGACGUUUCAAUCUGGGACCGCUGGUCGACCGCUACGCUGACGAUCAAUUCAACUUUCCUUUCGUUACACCAUGUCUCAUCCGGAGCUAUCUCCGUCUUUUGAGCUCGACAGAUGAUGCCCGGCAAUCCCGCAAUCUUCGUGCUGCGUUCAAGGUUGGCCGUCACCUGCUGAAAUUCAUCAUCAACGCUCGUGGGCAGCAAAAGGUCAAGGAAGAAGGUAUUGGUAUUACUACAGUCCAGUCCACCUUUAAUAGGGACCUGCACACAAUUUUCAAGUCUCUUGAGUCUUUGAUGAAGAACCCCUCUCCAGCCCUGGUGGGCAGCAAGACACUGGUGGUCCAGCAUUUUCACACCUGGCUUCCCGAGCUCUCAAAGGUCUUCGAACGUGAUGAGAUGAUUAUGAUUGCCCUCAGCUUCAUGGAUUCGUGCAAGGAUGUGACGGGCAUGCUUAUUCUUUACAAGCUGGUGCUCAUCCAAAACUACACCCAGUUCGAGAUCUUUGCCUCGGGGGAGGAACGACAGACCCUGAUCUCCAGCUGUGUGAGUUGGCUGGCACCGUACUGGGGUUCAACCGGAAAUGUCUCCGAUCUAUACCGCGACCAAGUCCGACUGAGCAGUGCCAUCGUCGCCCGCUUGCUCAGCCAACCCGACCCUCAACUGUACGAGUUCAUGCCAAGCAUCGUGGCCUCCUACUGCGCUAUCGCGACAGAGGGCGUGGAUGAAACUGAGUACCUCUCCUUGCUGUUCAGCAAGUCUUUCCCUUUCCAAGUGAAAACGUCCCAAACUCCCCAGAGGUUUGACGAGUCUCUCGUCGAGCUGUCUGCGCUCAUGGCUGCCCUGGCCAAGAUCGUGAACCCCAAGACUCCUUCUCUCCAGGAAUUGGAGCUCGCAACCUUCAUCGCACAGGCCUUUGAAGCACACAAUUCAAUUUUGGACUGCGACGCCUAUCCCGAGAACUGGUUCAGCAUCCAUGUCUACAACCACCGUGCGACAGUCAAGAGUCUCGAGCAUCUUGCCUUGCUGUUGAUCGACAAUUUCAUCCCUGCUCCUGAUGACGCUGACAACUUCGAUACGAAGCUCUGGGAGUCGUUCUUCACAACCCUACUCAAGGUGAUGUCCAGCGACGCGCUUGCUCUGGAGACUUUCCCCGAGCAGAAGCGACGCGCUGUCUGGAAAAUUGCUGGGGAUGUACGCGAGCAAGGCGCCGAUCUGCUGCAUAACACCUGGGAGGCGAUCGGUUGGGAGACUACCGACGAAGAGAGAGAGAAGUACAGACUGAAACGGCUGGGUGGUUAUCAAGUGCAAUACGUCCCCGGCUUGGUAUUUCCGAUCAUUGGGCUGUGCCUCAGCAUGCAUGAGGGUCUUCGUCAUGUGGCGGUUCACAUUCUUCGGACAAUGAUCCUGAGUGAGUGGGAACUGAAUGAGGAUAUCUCUAUCAUCGAGACGGAGAUCAUCUCCAGUCUGGACUCUCUCUUUAAGUCCAGACACAUGGGUGAGAACGUGGGCCACAAGGUCUUCGUCGGCGAGUUGAUGGACCUUUUCGAAAAUGAAACGACGUCCGAUGAGGACUUGUCAAACGCCCUCAAAUCCUUCAUCUCGACAGUUGACGAGCUGCUUGAUCUCUUGGUUGCUUCCCAGAGCGGCUCAACGACACAGAGCCUGCACGCGCUCAAACUCAUGGAGUACAUGAAGGACAUGGGCCGCGAGGAUAUUUUCAUCCGCUACGUUCACGAACUGGCUGAUGCCCAGGCUGCAGCAGGCAACCUCACCGAGGCUGGUCUCGCCCUCCAGUUCCACGCCGAUCUUUACGAAUGGGAUGUUACCAAGUCUCUGCCCGAGCUGCUCACGCCGCCUUUUCCGGCACAAAGUCCUUUCGAGCGGAAGGAGGCGCUGUACUUCUCCAUGAUCCAGCACUUUGAGAAUGCCAUGGCCUGGGCGCCUGCGCUGGCAUGCUACAAGGAACUUUCCGCUCAUUACGAGAGCACCACGAUGGAUUUCGCCAAGCUAGCGCGAGCACAAAGCUCGAUGGCUCGCAUCUACGAGUCCCUCGCUAAGGACGGCAAACAAUACCCCCGGUACUUCCGCGUUGUCUAUAAGGGCCUUGGGUUCCCCGCCAGUAUUCGAGAGAAAGAAUACAUCGUUGAAGGGUCACCGACGGAACGGAUGGCAUCCUUCGUGGACCGCAUGCAGCGCGACCACCCUACCGCGCAGAUAAUGUCUUCUAAUGGAGAAAUCCCCGACUAUGAGGGCCAGUUCCUUCAGAUCAGCUCCGUGAGCGCCCAGCGCGAUGUGUCCCACCCUGUCUACCAGCGAUCCAAAGUGCCUGGCUCCGUUCGCGAACAUCUGCUUGUCUCCAACCCGUCUCGUUUCUCAGCUACUUCCCGGAGACAUACGGGCGGCUCGGACGUUCGUGAGCAGUAUGUCGAGAAAUUAAUUUUCACUGUUGCGGAGCCGUUCCCUAACAUCCUGCGUCGGAGCGAGAUCGUCUUGGUUCAGGAGGUUGCCCUUUCACCCCUGCAGACUGCUAUCGAGCGAACAUGGCGCAAGACGCAAGAGCUGCAGAUUCUGGAACGUCGCGCGGCUGAAGACAACAACUUUGCGAAUCUGACCGAAGCCCUUGAGCAGCUCCUGGACCAAUCGUCUUCGUCCUCCAACUGUGUAGCUCUGUAUCGCAAGUUCCUUUCUGGUCCACAGGGAGAGAAACACAAAUCUUUGGCUGAAGAAGAGGAGGACGAGGCUGAGGGAGAUGCCGAGGCUUCAAAUGAAGAUGAAGAAGAAACGACAGAGCCUGUGGAUCCCAUGGAGAACGCACUUGCCGUUGCCCUGAUCGACCACGCUCUGGCCAUCAAGCAUGCCUUGUCCCAGUACCACCGGCCUGCUCAGCACGCCACCCAGUCUGAAUUGAUGCGGCGUUUCGAGGACGUAUUCGAGCCUGAGCUGGCGUCUCUUGCCUCUUCUCCCCCAGAGACGGACACGCCGACACCAACGCAGCCAAUCGGUCAAUCUUCCACGCCGAUGGAGCGGCACCAGAGUAUCAAGCGCUCAACCAGUCCGGAGCAAGAGCCAAACCAGUCAUCUCGUGGAAAGGGUCACACGCGCAAGCGCUCUGACCGGCAAUCCGUCAGCCAUCGCAUCAGCGUCAUCAACCCGUUUAAGCGCUCCAACCACGGCGGAUCCAAUUCCAUCUUCACGAUCCAGCAGUCCGACAGCAAGGCCGCUGGCAUCUCCGGCGUUGGCGAGGGCGAGGAGGCCGCGGAGGACGACGCAGCCACCAUCCACAGCCGCGCGACCAGUCGCUCUCGCGGAGCCGGUCGGAGUGAGAAGCGGCGCAGCUUCUUCGGCGGCGACAAGCUGCACAGGCACGGCUCCACGCCAUCCGUCGCCAACGCAGACGAGGCGCAGUCGUCGCCGUUGAAGGGCCAAGCAUCGCGAAGCCAAUCGCGCGACACAGCGGGCCAUGACAGCAGCCGCCGCCGCUCAGGCUCCCAGCCACCCGGGCCUGCUACGAACGGGGGCCACAGCGGCGGCCCCAAGACCGGCGGCUGGUCCACGCUGCCCUCAACGCGCGAUUAUUCUCGUCCCGUGACGCGCGACAGCGCUACGGUGCAGUCACCCUCUACAAUCAACGGCACGGCGGCCCCGGGCCAUCCCACAGCGGUCAAUAGCAAAGAACCCCCCGUGCGAGACUCGAUGUUCCGCCGAUUCAGCCUCCUCAAGGGCGUCGGCCGCAAGAGCAGCCGCCUGGACUUCCGAGCUAAUGGCACUUUACAGGAGGACUCCAGCCCGGGACAGAAAAUGUCCUCUGGCAAUAAUGGCUCCGGGGAGCGCACCGCUCUGCUGGGUAACAGCACCAGCACGCCUCGUUCCCUCUCAGGCCUCUCGGGCCAUGAGCAUACCGAGCAUGGGCAGCACCAUCACCAUCCCAAGGACAAUCGCGUCUGGGUCCGCUGGCCCAUGGCGGUCGUGCGUCUGACCUGGUCGACCCUCGUCCGGGACUAUGUGAACCUCCUGCUCGUCUUUGUCCCCUUGGGCAUCGUCGCAGGCGCCUUGCACUGGGACCCCUCGGCUGUCUUUACUCUGAAUUUCUUCGCAAUUAUCCCCCUCGCUUCGCUGCUCAGCUUCGCUACUGAGGAGCUGGCUGCGGUGAUGGGGCAGGCUAUGGGCGGUCUGAUGAAUGCGACGUUCGGAAACGCUGUGGAAUUGAUUGUCAGCAUCAUUGCCCUCAAGGACCACCAGAUCCGCGUGGUCCAGGCCAGCAUGCUCGGCAGCAUUCUGUCCAACAUCCUGCUGGUGCUGGGCUGCUGCUUCUUUAUCGGCGGGCUGCGGUACCCAGAACAGACCUUCAACAGCACGGUGGCUUCAACCAUGUCGUCGCUGAUGACCAUCGCGUCCGCCUCACUGAUCAUCCCGGCCACCCUCUACGCCGCCCUGUCCCACUCCAAGGCCAGCGCCGAGAAGAACAUCCUGAUUCUCUCGCACGGUACCGCCAUCAUUCUCCUCGUCAUCUACGUGAUGUACCUCUACUUCCAGCUGCGCUCGCACGCCCAUCUCUUCGAAGAGACCAGCGCAAAUGAUACCGAGAAUGCCGACAGUUCUGACGCAGACGAAGAGGAGCAGCGGCUUCUAAGUCCCCUAGCAGCCACCGUGGCAUUGAUCGUCGUGACAAUCCUGGUAGCCAUCUGCGCCGACUAUCUAGUCGGCAGCAUCGACAGCAUCGUGGAGAAGACCGGUAUGAGCAAGACGUUUAUCGGGCUGGUCCUGAUCCCCAUCGUGGGCAACGCGGCCGAGCACGUCACCGCCGUCGUCGUCGCCUACAAGGACAAGAUGGACCUAGCCAUCGGCGUCGCUAUCGGCAGCAGCUUGCAGAUCGCCCUCUUCGUCACCCCUUUCCUGGUCAUCCUGGGCUGGAUCAUGGAUAUCAAUAUGACCCUCCAUUUCCAGAUCUUUGAGACGGUUGCGUUCUUUAUUGCUGGGCUGGUGGUUACGUUCCUUAUUCAGGAUGGUAAAUCCAACUAUCUGGAAGGUGGUAUGUGCUUGGGCAUGUACCUGAUUCUGGCCCUGGCCUUCUACGUCUACCCGGAUGAUGCUACGGAUGAUGUUGGCUUGCUGAGCUGGCUGUCCAAAUGA